AUGGCUUCGCGAAAUUAUUUGAAUGCCUACUCUGGGCCAGAUGCCCUUCGAAACUAUUUCGACCCUGACCACCAGCCGAUGCUUCCUCUUGUCGAGAUUCCACCAAGUCUGAAUCCGUACUACCAGGAUGGAGUCAGAAUACAUGCAAAGAUGAUGUCUAUGCACCCGUCGAACAAUGUCAAGAUCAUGCCUGCGUUGAACAUGUUGACCAAAGAAGUUCAUCCGGAGAAGUCGAAAACAGUAGUCGAGUAUAGCUCGGGAUCUACCGUUAUUUCCUUAGCACUGGUCUCUCGUAUAAACCACGGGAUACAAGAUGUUCGCGCGUUUCUAAGCAACAAGACUUCGGCUCCAAAGCUCCGGCUGAUGCAAUUCUUCGGUUUAGAUAUUACACUCUUUGGCGGUCCGUCUCAGCCGGAACCGCACGACGAACGUGGCGGCAUCCACCAAGCGAGGAUGAUGGCCGAGCAAGACGAAGGGAUUCUGAACGUUAACCAGUACGAAAAUGAUGCGAAUUGGCAAUCGCAUGUCAAAUGGACUGGACCGCAGAUUCACCAACAAUUACCUGGCAUCAGUCUCGUGUGCGCUGGCAUGGGUACCUCUGGCACUAUGACGGGUCUUGGCCAGUACUUCAAAUUGGCCAAGUCUUCUGUAAUUCGAUUAGGCGUAUGCACUGCCGCUGGCGAUCGGGUACCAGGUCCCAGAUCGCUUGCGCUUUUAGACCCUGUGGAAUUCCCGUGGCGCGACUCUGUUGAUGCUAUAGAAGAGGUCGGAUCAAAGGAUGCUUUCGGUUUAUCUCUACAACUCUGUCGGUCAGGGCUAAUCUGCGGCCCCUCUUCGGGCUUCAACCUGCAGGGACUCUUUAAUUACCUCGAGAAGCGAAAGAGCUUAGGCACAUUAUCAGAGCUUGCAGGUGCCAACGGCUUGAUUGACUGCGCCUUCGUUGCUUGCGACGGACCGUACCAGUACAUGGAUGAGUACUUCGACAAGCUGGGCACUGCAGUUGACCUAUACCGCUACGACGAAGCAUGGGAACUUACUCCUACACGAGCACUGUCACAGUUUGCCGAUAACGUUGAAGAAUACACUGGCGCUGUUUUGCUCGAUCUGAGAAAGCCGGAAGACUUUGUCACGAGUCACAUCCCAGGAUCAUACAACCUGCCGCUACAAAGCCUUAACGCAUCAACGCCGAGCCCUUUCUUAGACGCUGUAGUUCUCGAGAAGCAAUGGAGAGAGUUAGAGGCUACGUUCACACCCGAUCGCAUCAACGCGCACGAUCUUGCUGGGAAGAACGUAUACAUCGUUUGCUAUGGUGGCGAUACUGCCCGCGUUGCCACGAGUGUGCUUCGGGCAAAAGCCAUCUCAGCGAGCAGCGUGAAAGGUGGCAUCACUGCACUACGGCAGGAGCUACCGAACUUGCAAAUGAAUGAGCGCGGAAGAGGCCUGGUACAGCAAGACUGGCUUAAGAUGCCGGACGUUGCUACUAAAGAGUUGAGAGCUGAUUCGUUAUCUCCGCAAGUUCGCAGCCUGAAUGGCAUCGUAGUGUAG